AUGGAUAUGUCCAAAGCCCCCAAGGUCUUCGUUUCAACCAGUCGCCGUAUCCUUACAAUCGGGUUUGCCUUGCUAAUACUGUCAGUAUUGGCUUGGGCCUACAUCGCAGGAGUCCAGUUGGUUUCUGACCGGUACCACAUCAUGGCUUUCGGUCUCUACGGAGCCUUCCUGGCCUGUCAUCUCAUCAUUCAGAGUUUCUUUGCCUUCCUGGAACACAAGAAAAUGAGGAGGGACUCUCUGACUUGUAGCUACACCAAAACGGUGGCCCUCACCAUCUCGGCGUACCAGGAGGAUCCGGUCUACCUCCGUGAGUGCCUUCAGUCCGUCAAGGCAACCUUGUAUCCACCGGAGAAGCUCCGGGUCAUCAUGGUGAUAGAUGGCAACAGCCCUGAUGACCAAUACAUGAUGGACAUGUUCCAAGAAGUCUUCACCGGAGAAGACGUGGGGACCUUUGUGUGGGAAAACAACUACCACCAGCAGCCACAGUUGGAUGUGGAUGAGGGAGACAGUGGUUACCAGGCCGGGGACGAGCCAUCAGCCUACAGUGAAAUCGAUAUGGAGGAUCCAGGGCAACUGGCCGUGGAGGAGCUGAUUCGGACUCGGAGAUGUGUCUGCAUCAUGCAGAAAUGGGGCGGGAAACGGGAGGUCAUGUAUACUGCUUUCAAGGCCCUGGGCAAUUCCGUGGACUACGUCCAGGUUUGUGACUCAGACACCAAGUUGGAGCCAGUGGCGACAGUGGAGCUGGUGAAGGUGCUGGAGUCGAAUGAACGUUAUGGGGCCGUAGGGGGAGAUGUCCGUAUCCUCAAUCUCUCUGACUCCUACAUCAGCUUCAUGAGCAGCCUGCGCUACUGGAUGGCCUUCAACAUCGAACGUGCCUGCCAAUCGUACUUUGACUGCGUCUCCUGCAUCAGCGGCCCCCUGGGCCUGUAUCGGAACGACCUCCUACAGCAGUUUCUGGAGUCCUGGUAUAAUCAGAAAUUCUUGGGGACCCAUUGCACAUUUGGGGAUGACCGGCACCUCACCAACAGGAUGCUGAGCAUUGGCUACGCCACCAAGUAUACAGCCCGCUCCCGCUGCUAUUCAGAGACCCCUGCCUUGUUCCUCCGAUGGCUAGCACAGCAAACCCGUUGGACUAAGUCCUACUUCCGGGAGUGGCUCUACAAUGCCCUCUGGUGGCAUCGUCACCACCUGUGGAUGACCUAUGAAUCAGUGGUCUCUGGCAUCUUUCCGUUCUUCGUCACGGCCACCGUCCUGCGGCUCUUUUACGGGGGCAACUUGUGGGACAUAAUCUGGGUGCUGCUUUGUGUCCAGCUGGUGGCCUGUGUGAAGGCCCUCUAUGCCUGCUGGCUACGGGGGAACUUCGUCAUGAUCUUCAUGUCUCUGUACGCCAUGCUGUACAUGGGGGGUCUUCUCCCGGCCAAGUAUUUCGCCAUCGCAACCAUGAACAAGAGCAGUUGGGGCACUUCAGGGAGAAAGAAAAUGGUGGGGAACUAUAUACCCCUGCUGCCUGUUUCCAUCUGGGGACUACUCCUCUUGGGGGGUAUCAUCUAUACCAUCUGCCGGGAGGCCCUGAACGACUGGAGGACAGAAGCCAAGCAAGUAGAGAUCGGGUACUUGCUCUCUGGCUCAGCAAUAUACUUAGGCUACUGGGCCUCCAUGAUCUUGCUUUAUUGGGUGUGGAUACGGAGAUGCUGCCGGAAGCGAGUCGAUUUCUACAGUGUCCAGGUGUGAGCUGGGUCAAAGGACAAGGGCUGGAGAUCUUGAAAUCUAUAUCCCUGGCUGCAAGACUGAAUGGGCAGUUAGAAUGGGAACCAAGACUCUUGGGAUAUAAUCCAAGCUACGAGAGUAGAGAGCAGCUUUGUAAGGGUAAUUCUGGGAUGAGAAGUGAGAGUUUAUACUCUAGGUCAAUUGCCAUCCCUUUCUCUUUUUUUGUUACGAAAUAUGGUCAAUCUGUAGGGCAAACAGGUCGACUCUUCGGAUUCUCUUCGAGAAUCUGAGUUGGGAUUGGGUUCACCCCAAAGUUCCUGUAUCAGAAGGGCUUCUAGCAUCACCCUUCCCUCCUGUUUUGGCUGGAAGGGGAGACAACCAUUUCUGACCUCAGUUUAUUUAUUUAGCAUUGUAUUUUCAUUCAGUGAGCACCGCGUGUGUCUCUGCCUUCUCAUACGAAAUGCAGCCGCCUCUGGGGUGGGACGGUUCAGGGAAACUUGCACAAGAAACGGUCUUGCUGGACUGCAGUCAUGUCGCCGCUGAAGGAACAGAGAGACUACAGUGGUUUUCUGUUUUGUCUUGUUUGUUUUUCGUCUCGUUCUGUUCAAGUUUGGGAACGGGUUGGAUCUCACUGGGGUGGGAGAGACACACUUUGCCGAAAUUUGAGAUCCGAACUCGUCUCCUGGGAAUUCUCUCUUUUCUGUGUAUGUAUGUGCGCUAAAAAGAAAAGAAACGAGAAAACUAGACUCUCCCUUUGGACGCUUCUUAACUCAUAAAAGAAGCACGGGAGUUUACAAUUUUGAACGGAAAGCUGGAUAAUACUGCCUUAGCAUUCAGCUGGGAAAAAGGUUGGCAGUGUGGCAAAGAGUAGGGUCCAGUUGGAUCUGAUGGCUUCCAGAUUUUGCCACCAUAUUGACUAUGGGAGGAGAGUUGCUGCAGGAAAAAAAUCUAAAACUUUAUUUAUUUGCCAUAUAUUAAUAAUAAAAAACCUAUUUAAUGAUUUUUAAGCAGAGUUGAAAAAACUAGGACUUUUAAAAAAAUCUUUUUUAUAUGAAAAGUACUGAA